CACACACACACACACACACACUAGAAGAAAUGGGAACACUCCCCUUCCAUUUGUGUUUGGAACAUCCUCUGAAUUGUCUCCUUUGUCUUCACUCAGAGAGCAUUGACCGGUGUCGGCGAAAACUGAAGGUUAAGCUGAAGGAGAAGUUUGAGUGUGUGUUUGAGGGCAUCGCUAAAGCAGGAAUCCCCAAAACCCUCCUGAACCAGAUCUACACAGAGCUCUACAUCACAGAGGGAGAGGCUACAGAGGUCAACCAGGACCAUGAGGUCAGACUGAUUGAAACAGCAUCCAGGAACCCACACAGACCACCAACAACCAUCACAUGUGAAGACAUCUUUAAAACAUCACCUGACAGAAAUCAGCCAAUCAGAACGGUGCUGACAAAGGGCGUGGCCGGCAUCGGGAAAACAGUGUCCACACAGAAGUUCAGUCUGGACUGGGCUGAAGACAAAGCCAACCAGGACAUCCACUUCAUAUUUCCAUUCACCUUCAGAGAGCUGAAUGUGCUGAAACACAAGAAGUUCAGCUUGGUGGAACUGGUUCAUCACUUCUUCACUGAAACCAAAGAAGCAGGAAUCUGGAUCUAUGAAGACCACCAGGUGGUGUUCAUCUUAGACGGUCUGGAUGAGUGUCGACCUCCUCUGGACUUCAACAACACUCAGAUCCUGACUGAUGUGACAGAGUCCAGCUCAGUGGAUGUGCUGCUGAUGAACCUCAUCAGGGGGAACCUGCUUCCCUCUGCUCGCCUCUGGAUAACCACACGACCUGCAGCAGCCAAUCAGAUCCCUGAAGUGUUUCAUGGCAUGGUGACUGAGGUCAGAGGGUUCACUGACCCACAGAAGGAGAAGUACUUCAGGAAGAGGUUCACAGAUGAAGAACAGACCAACACAAUCAUCUCCCACAUCAAGACGUCACGAAGCGUUCACAUCAUGUGUCACAUCCCAGUCUUCUGCUUGAUCACUGCUAGAGUUCUGGAGAAUAUGUUGAAGACCACAUACAGAAGACAACUGCCCAAGACCCUGACUCAGAUGUACAUCCGCUUCCUGGUGGUUCAGGCCAAACUGAAGAACGUCAAGUAUGAUGGAAGAUCUGGGAAAGAUUUACCCUGGAGUCCAGAGACCAGGAAGAUGAUUGAGUCUCUGGGAAAACUGGCCUUUGAGCAGCUGAAGAAAGGAAACCUGAUCUUCUAUGAAUCCGACCUGACAGAGUGUGGCAUCGAUAUCAGCUCAGCCUCAGUGUACUCAGGAGUGUUCACAGAGGUCUUCAAAGAGGAGAGCGGACUGUACCAGGACCAGGUGUUCUGCUUCAUCCAUCUGAGUGUCCAGGAGUUUCUGGCUGCUCUUCAUGUCCAUCAGACCUUCACCAACACUGGAGUCAAUCUGCUGCCAGAAAGAACAUCUGGUUGGUCUAAACUAUUCAUGGACAAACCAGUCCGGUUCUACCAGACCGCUGUGGACCAGGCCUUACAGAGUCCAAAUGGACACCUGGACCUGUUCCUGCGCUUCCUCCUGGGUCUAUCACUGCAGACCAAUCAGAGUCUCCUACACGGUCUGGUCAAACCAACAGGAAGCAGC